AGACAAAUCCUUCGACCUCGCUUAAGCAAUAUCAACAAACAAUAUCUUGCACGCAAUAAAAACACACAAAAUCCAUUUCUUCUUGUAUUUUAACCUUUAUUUUUUCUUGAAUUCAGCAGUAAUGGAUCAAAUCGAUUCGAUUGAAGAGUUAUUAAAUCAAUUCAGAAAUUUAUCAAAUUCUUACUUAUCUAAUUAUGAGCCUCUGGUCCUUGUUCUCGCUCCUCUCUUCACUCUUCUCGUCGCCAAUUUUCUCAACUCGUUGUUCGUCGUGUUUUAUGAAAAUGGAGUCAGAGCUACGGUUUUAGGGUUUAUCAUGAGAACUAUCAAGUUGGUACCUUGGGUUAAGAGCUACAUAGAUGCAGAAAAGCAAAAGGUUGUGGAUAAGUUGCAAUCUGGUAGUAAAUCUGCACGAGAGAGCUGGAGGUCGGAAUUGCCAAAAGAGGGCUUAGGAACGGGGGUAAUUGAGAAAAUGAAGGAAGAGAAAAGGAAAGAUGUAGCCUGGCAAGGAAAAUGCUCUGGUACAGUCUACAUUGGAGGAAGUGAAUCCGAAGGACAUUUUUCUUUGAUUAAUGAGGCUUGUUCAAUGUUUGCACACACCAAUCCAUUGCAUCUCGAUGUAUUCCAGAGUGUAGCGCGAUUUGAGGCAGAAGUAGUCACAAUGACAGCAUCACUAUUUGGUAGCAAAGAAAAGACGUCCGGAGGACAAAUAUGCGGGAACAUGUCAUCUGGUGGAACUGAAAGUAUACUAUUGGCUGUGAAAUCAUCCCGAGACUAUAUGAAGGCUAAGAAGGGAAUAACGAGACCUGAAAUGUACGCCAUUUUUCGAAGAUACAGCGAUCAGAAUCACAAUACAAACAUAGCAAGCAGCAGCCAGCUGAUUGAAAAUGAAACGUCAAUAAAGCCAACAAGUAAUGUACUCUUACAAGAAGGCAAAGGUUGAGCAAUUGACCGAGCA